UUGUAUUUAACUGUAAAUCAGACAAACAGUUUAAAAUUUUACUACAUUAUUUCGAUGAACAAGUUAACUGUUUACCAUAUUAUUGUUUUCCUGGUAUUUGAAUAUGGAUUUCUCAUACUCAAGUGCCAAAAUCAUGAACUGUCUGCAUUCAUAGUCGUCAAAUAAUAAUAAAAUAAAUAAUAGCGAUCAUAGUUUAUGAUUGAAUAUCUGCAAUAAUGGGUAAGAUAAGGAAACGUACCCAGUCAACAAGCGAGAAGAAUGUGAAGGUAAAACCGUUGGGGCUUAAAAUUUUGAAAAAAGACAAAGAUGUUAACUCAUUGAACAGUCUGUGUGCCUACAGUAUUGUGAAAUGUGACUUCUGUGAGGAGAUCUUUUUUAACAAAUACAACUAUUUAAUACACAAUGCGCGACAUAUAAUCAUACCUUUGAUAAAGCAAAUCGUCCACCAAUGCACAAUAUGCCUUUACUAUUUCACAUCGGAACACAAACUGCUUCGGCAUGUUACAAAAAAACAUAGCAGUCAAAAAUGUAACAAUAACAUAGAUAGCGAAUUGCAAACUGGCGAGUCGGAAUCUUUAAUUGUAAAUAUGGAUAACAAAGAGUUGCCAGUACCAAAAACCGAGUUGUUGCAAGAUACAAAUAUUUUGAAUAAUGGCAACACGGAAUUGCAAUAUUUUGAUGGCAACAGUGGUGGUAUAAAGAAUCGUAUAUUGUUCGAAGACGAUAUAGAAUCUAAUGGUGUGAUGGCAGACUUAACAACUGACUGCCAAGUUGCAGUUGAAAUGUUCAACGCGCCGUGGCUGGUUAAGCUGCUGAAUCAGCAGGAGUUGCAGGAUUUGAAUGAUCAUAAUGGUUCGCAUGAUAAUGACGCCGCAAGCAGUGUGCACUAUGAUGAAUUGAUGGAGAGCAAAUUGCACGUUUGUAAAUUUUGUGGAGUGACCUCGAGUAAUAGAUACUGGGCGAUAAGACACGAAUUGGAACACGUCACGAUUAAACAAAAAAAACUCUAUCUAUGCCAGAAAUGUGAUUAUUACAUAUCGGAUCGUAAAAAGGAGCUAAUGCAACACAUAAAGAAGAAACACGGCGCCAUCAUCAAGCGGGAUAGCUUGACACGGUGUCGUACAUGUGGACUGGACUAUAACUCCUUCUACAGGCACAACAGGAACUAUCAUCUGAUUUACGGUUGCAAACUCUGCGGCGCAAAAUUCUCAGACGAGAUGCAAUUAGACGAACACUGCGUAGACUGCGAGACGGUGGAUCUCCAUGUGCAAUGCAACAAAGAGACAGGACAGGAGAGCGCGUACGAGUCGAGAACGAUGAAGAUAUGCGAUAUAUGUUAUUCGUUUUUGAGGAAUAAAGUCAAUUUACAUUAUAUAUAUGUGGGGGACCAUUGCGAGAUAGGUGACAGGUUGCCAUGCGAGAAGUGUUCGCGGAAGUGUUUCGAGUUAAAGAUUGUGAAGCGUGUGUAUAUGUCGAAGCAUCAUAGGAAACCGCGGCGGGUGAUGACCAACGAGGACAGGUUAAAGAAUAUAAAGCAAAGAUUAAAAAUGAUGAGAAAGUAUUUGAGUUUGUUUUAUUCUGUGGAUUGUCGCGGUUUAAAAAAAAAGAGGUUCCAAUUCUGUUUUUUUUUUUAAUAAUAAUUACCUCAUUAGAUUCGUCAGAAAUUCUACCAUAAAAGUCCAAAGGAACGAUAUUUUAAUAUUCUUGGAAUGAAUGAAAUUAGGUGAGC